AUGUUGAUCAAGGGCGAGAAGUAUGCCUGCGAGGCAUGUGUAAGAGGCCAUCGUGUUAGCAACUGCCAGCACUCCGAUAGGCCAUUGCAGCACAUCAAUAAAAAGGGUCGUCCCGUAUCGCAGUGCACUCAUUGUCGAACCCUCCGCAAGUCUCGUUCCGCCCAUGUUCGUUGCGACUGCGGCGGCGAGAAGGCACACUCAAAAGGAGCUUGCCCUCAAGAAGGCGAUACACAGGCAGACAACUGCUGUUGCAGCCACGGGGGCCGUUGCUCCUGUGCCCUCAAGAAAGAGCACUUGGAUCCUGUGCCAGAAUCCGACUCCGACGAAGCCUCCUCCUCUUCAACCCCAAGCAAUGAGAAACGCAGACCUCGAGCCCUGACAGCCAAUUCUGAGGGCGGCUUGACCAUAUUCACUAACGGCCAUCAUAAACCCGUACAUAAGCACAACAACAUGGCUCACAAAUGCGGUCUUCCUUACGUAGUACCAAGAGCGCACUCAAUUCAUGGACCGUCGCCUUCUGGGAUGGCUAACAGGUCUGUGGACAACUUACCGCACACCAGUACCAUCGAUGCCUUGCACAGUGAGUCUCAUAUCAAGGACUCGAUGGUGAGUGCUCAGCAAGAGCAGCGGAAGGUCAAGUCUGAGCAUGGGUCGCCCCUCUUGAGCCCAUCAUCGACCCUAGAUCAAUUGAACGGUCUCCUUCCACCCCUGGACUUCUCCAACAUUACCGGGGAUUGCAAUUUUAUGCAAAACGUGGACGGUUUCUCGAGUAUUCCAGACCACGAGCAGCCCAUGUUUUCCGCAGGCUUAUCCUCGGCUUCGAUCGAUUGGUCUCAUUAUGACGGCCUCGACUUCAACAACGAAAACUUUGCGGCCUCUUCAUACAGCCAAGCUCCCUCCUUCGCCGGGUUCGACUUCAGCAGCAUAGAUCAGCCAGCCCUCACCACCACAUCUACCUCUGGUGAGAUCUCGGAAGUUGAAGACUUCGGCUUGGGAGACACCAAUGGGACUCGACCAACAUUGCUGACCAACCAAUAUGGAUCGGAUUUUGACAACUCAGAUUUUGGUGGAGACAUUGAUGGGUAUCGUCUUAGUGCCGCGUCGUCUUAUAUUGGCCUGCCUCAGGCCCAGAUGCUAGCUGGCAGUAACGUGGAAGAUCUUGACGUGGAUGCAUUUUUGAAAGGCGUACCAACUUCAAAUGGCUACGCUGUACAUCACGGCCUCCCGACGUCUAGUUAUGCGGAGACUACCAAGAUGAUGCAGUCGUCACCUGCCUUCGAUGAAGCAGCCUUCCAACUACUUUCGCCUGAGGAUGAGAAUGAUAACUUUUGGAUGAACAAUUUUGCAACCAACGCGAUCAAUAACAGUCGAAAUGAAUUGGUUGAAGAAAAUGUUUGGGCUCAAUAACAUUUGCGGAAAGGCAGCAGGCCUUCGACGAAUUAUUCUCUUUCUGGAUGUAUCCGCCGACGACUCGAUGACUUCUUUGGUUCACGGUACCGAUUUAUGUGAAGAGUUGAG